AUGCAACUUCAAAAACAGCGCCGAGUGCCCAGACACCUGGUGUCCGACGUCUUCGUUGACAAUGGUCGGUCAUACAUUGACAUGAUUGAGCUGAAUGACGGCGCGAGCAUCGACCCCGAAAAAGCAACCAACCUGUCGCGGACCAGACGUGUUGUCGACGUCGAAGACCUGAAAGAUCAACUCUCGGCCUCAAACCCAGCAGUCCGUGUAGCUGCAAUUAGUCAAAAAUACUCGUGGUCGCCGCUGCAAAUUUCAGAAGAGAUGUUUGAAUCCUUCAUGGACCAUGUGGAAGCGUUUGACGGCCUUAGGGAUACUGCCAUAUCUUUUAGGAGCAGGACGACCGAUCUCGAACAGGCGCUUCCAAUCUGUACCUGGAGGGACCAAUCCCCGAUACGUGAGCUAUCAUAUAUCAUCAAAUAUGCCGAGACGAAAGUAUGCGAUGCAGAAAAGACCGAUUGGGUCAUAAGACAAAUUGGCAUGUACCAGCACUUUAACAGCAAGACACGUUCCACUGUCUGGAUGGUGAUAUUGCCCAACCAGGAGUCAUACUGUCCUGAUACCAUGUGCAAUAUAUUCGGUUUGGUCAAGCAUCCACUCUGCCCGCACAUUGACAACCUAUUUAACCAUCUAGACAAUUGGAGAUGGUACAUGGCCGACCAUGAGCAAAGAUUUCAAGACCUUGCAGAGUCGGUCAUGAAUGUAGAGAUUGAAGAAACAUUAGACUUUGUGGCCAUGUACGACCAACUCUCUGGACUUCGAUAUGUACAAAGCCGCAUAGCUCCCUUGAUUCCGAUAUUUGCAGGCUAUCAUCAGAUUCUACAGAGAUUGCGCAUCUUCAAUGAGCAACUCCUGGCUAGUGGCUAUGUGGUCAAGGAUGACUCUCACAGCUUUACCUCGUCGCUGGAAGACAUCACAUCCAAGGUCCAAUCUUUCGAGGUCAAUGCGCAGUUCCUGCUCUCGAGAGUGGCGCAUACUAUUCAAAUGGCAUCGGACACCAUUACUUUGAAAAGCCAAAAUAAUACCGAGGACAUGUCCAACAACAUGUUGAAGGACAGUCUUGCUAUGCGCAUCAUCACGCUGGUGACACUAGUUUUCCUUCCUGGAACUUUCGUCUCUGGUUUCUUUGGCAUGGGCUUCUUUACUAUUGACAGCGAUGACGGUGGCAAGUGGGUGAUAAGCCCGCAAUUAUGGGUUUAUUUUGCUGCCGCCAUUCCGGUCACGGCACUCACCUUGGCGUUCUGGCGAUGGAGGAAUAGACGAGCAAAAGCCAAGCGGUUCUCUUCAUCACCAGUCUAA